UUACUACCAAUAUAACCAACACUUCUGCUUUUAUCUCUAUUCGCUUUUUACAGUCAUCAUAAUUAUUAUAAGAAUUUUAUUUUGAUCAAAUAAAACUAUACAUAAAUAUUAUAUAUUAUAUAUUAUAUAUUUUAUACAUAUACAUAUACAUAUCUACAUACGCAUACAUAUACAUAUAUAUACAUAUAUAAAUAUAAAUAAAUAAAUACAUUCAAGAUGCAAACACCUGUACAAAGACAAUGUACUUUACCUCCGAUUUCAGUUAUGGAAGAUGGUCUUUACAGCCGUUCACCAUAUUCACCUCUUACCCCUUCUUCCAGCCACAGUCCAACCCUUCAGACACCUUACUCAGGACGAGCCUAUCGAGCAGGCGAAAAUACCCCACCCACAUCUAUCCUCCCAGAUCCCUAUCGCUCCCACCCGACCUACAACCGAUCCUUUCCACCACCAUCUCCUCACACUUCAUCUUUCGCACCACUUACGCCACCUCAGCCCCCACUUUCAGAUUUAUCUCGUCAACCAUAUAUUUAUGAAUCCGACUUUAAUAACCCGGUUGGAAAAGAAGUUGAAAAGAUCAUUCAUCACUGUGAUGGCUUAAGCGAGACAAUGUCAUUACGGAAAGAUCAUUUUAAAUAUUCAUAUUCCAAAGUCACCUAUGACCCCACCAUGACCCGCCCUGUAUUAGAUGACAUGAUCGGAAGAGCAAAUGAGGUGCUUAAUGCUCUUUUACGCCUCCGUAAACAUCAAAUAUCAGAAGAACAGGCCAGGACUAACUCUUACCAAAAGAAAGAAAUCAAUUACCCAAAGUAUCGAGUUCACACAACCACAGACGAUUGGAGCGGCGGGACAAACCAGCGACUGAGUGGUACUCAGCGUAGACGCGGGAAACGUGCUGUUUUUAGGGGCAAGUGCCAUUCCUGUAAUAUAUCAGAGACUCCCGAAUGGAGACGUGGACCAGAUGGUGCACGUACACUGUGCAAUGCAUGUGGACUUCAUUACGCCAAGCUGACUCGAAAACAAGCGGCAGUGCAAAAGUUAGUCAGCCAAAAAGACAAUCAGAGCAGGAAUUCUGGUCUUGAUCUCGACAGGCCGCUUAUGAUGACAGAUAGUCUGCUGGAAACUAGUCCUAUUGACUGAAUAUUCAAACCAACGUCUGCAACCUUAAUAUCUGUUUAUAUAUAUAUGUGUACAAUUCAAUUCAAUUCAAUUCAAAUCAACCCAAUCCAUACUUUCUCUCUCUCUCUCUUAUUUUAUUUCCAUUUCUCCAUUUCUCCCUCUCUCCCUCUCUCUCUUAUUUUUCAGGCAUUUUGUACUUGAUUGGGUUCAAAACCAAUCAAACCAAUCAAUAUAUUUAAUUUUUCUUUUUC